GGUAGCUGCUGGAAUUCACACACACACAGACUCUCAAGCGCUCGCUGACUUUGGAUGGGAGGAGGAGGAGGCGGCGGAGGGGGGAGGCGGAGGAAAAGGGAGGUGGGUUUGGUGAGGACUGUGGGAAAGGAGCAUCCCGAGGCAGAGGAGGAAUCUCUGUCCGUCCGAGUCCAUGUCUCCACUCUGUUCCCGGCUCUCUUCUGUCAAAGACAGUGAGCGUCCUGCCUGUGCCACCUCUGGAUCUAACUCCGCUGGAUUACCCCUCAGACUCCGGGCUCAUUAUUCCAUGCUGCAGCUUUUAAAUGGGAGGCAAAGUUGGACCUCCGUGGACUGCCAAAAUGGUGACAAACAAUUUGAUUUUUCUUGUGCUUUUAAGAGCUUCCUAGCAUUCGCGAUGGUUUCCCUUUUUGUCACUAAAAGUGUUUUUAUAUGUAACAUUUUUUGAGCUUGUUUUGCUGCUUUUUAAUGUUAAAGUAGGACAGCUAUUUUGCAAUACAAUAUUUUAAGCUGGUAAAGCAGAUUUGGAUGUGAAAGAUGAGUGGAGAAGAGGGUUAGAGAUAUUUGUUUUCAUCUUUGAAAAGUCAACUGUUCUAACCUUGGUUUUAGUUUACACCUGAAAAUGUGACUGUGGUGCGUUUCCCUGCACUCUGUUACGGCUAGAUUUUUAUUUUUAGCAAGAGUUGAGGUUUUUAAAGUGGACUACAUGUGAACUCGCAUCUCUCCCAGAUCCUCCCUCUCAAAGGAAGCCAUCAAGCUAAACUCUUCCCUGUUAACCCACUUAGUAUCCUGAUCUCCCCCGUGGGAGCUUCUGCCAAAGCUCUGGGCCAUAGUAGAUUUUUUUCUUUUUUUGUGGAGAAUUUUAAAGCCAAAAGAGCAACAGAAGUACAGGGCAGGAAGACAACCCCCCUCCCCAAAAGUGAGAGGGGGGGAAGAUGGCAGCUCUCGCCAGCUCUCUCAUCAGACAGAAACGGGCGGUCAAGGACGAUCAGGCAAACCGACCGGUAGCCAACAAGCGCAAGCCCUGUCCUAAGAGCAACAAGUCCCUGUGCCAGAAACAGAUCCUGGUCCUGAUAUCCAAAGUUCGACUAUGCGGGGGUCGAAAAGGUCGAAACGAAAAAAGGCCAGAGCCGCAGCUGAAAGGCAUUGUUACCCGGCUCUUCAGUCAGCAUGGCUUCUACCUGCAGAUGCUGCCUGAUGGCUCCAUUGGCAGCACAAAGGAUGAAGGCAGCUCUUUUUCUCAGUUCAACUUAAUUCCAGUGGGACUGCGGAUUGUUGCAAUUCAAGGGACAAAAACAGGGCUGUACCUUGCCAUGAACGGUGAAGGAUACCUCUAUACCUCGGAGAACUUCACCCCGGAGUGUAAGUUCAAAGAGAGCGUGUUUGAGAACUACUAUGUCACGUACUCAUCCAUGCUCUAUCGUCAGACCCAGUCUGGCCGCUCCUGGUAUAUCGGUAUCAACCGAGAUGGUCAAAUCAUGAAGGGCAAUCGGGUAAAGAAGACCAAGGGGGCGGCACACUUUGUGCCUAAAGUCAUCGAAGUUGCGAUGUAUAAGGAGCCAUCUCUACACGAGCUCGCCAGCGAGCCAGUGAGUCCACCUCGGAAGACGGUGAGGACGUCAGAUUCACCGACCCUAAAGAACGGACAGAAAGAAGCUCCCAGGGCGGAUGCUUCCUAGCACAGGAGGAGGAGGAGGGUGGGAUGAAGGGUAGCAGUGACACUGGAGACACCGCUGUCCACGAGGCAGUGAGGAUGGCACGAGAGGGUACCACCCUCCCCAACACCGCAUCCCAUAAGUGCACUGCAAGUCAUUGAGGAACACAAGGGUCAGCAGUCCAUCAGCAGGAAGGGAGUCCCCGCCCUCAUCGGGAUCAGCCCAACAUCACAGCCAGAACUACACCCCUGUAGACCGUUUUGUUAUGUCAGUGUCUUUCGGUGACUUUUUAAUGUUCUUUUUUUUUUUUUGUCAAUUUUGGAUUUUUAAUUUAUUUUCUUAGCCACAUCAUCCUCCUUAACCACAAGGCCCUUUAUCAGCACAGUAGACGGGGACCCUGUGGGCCAGCUCGAUCUGCAGCCACCUACCAGCAAAACAAACCGUCAGGGUCAAGUGAAGUUCAAAGUCAGAUGGACCAGAUUAGGAUGGAAAGCAAUUUGCAGGAAGCUCGGGUCAGACCGGAUCUUUUACAGUUAAUCGCAUUAGAACUAAAACCAAUCAGUCGUGUUUUGAUUUUCAUCCGUGUCCGUGAUUACGAUGUGAUAAGAAUGAUACUCAAAAGGACACAUUUAAGGUCAGAAAAGAUGACAUUGAAAACUGGGGUUAUUUCCCAAACUAAAAAGUAGAAAUAAAAAUGACAUUGAAAACAUAAAAAAUAACAAGGAUUUUCAAAUAAACUCCAAAAAAGUAAAUUCAAACAGGGAUCAGUGAGUGUGCGCUGACUUGAUAAAGGGUGCAAAUAAGCAGCUGGGACUGAAGUCAAGCCCGGGACGGAUCUGAGCGGGAAAACCUGAAAGGGAACAGCGACGUUUACUUCACUCAGCAUCUGCUGUCAGCAUAAAGGCGAGUUUGAAGCCCCACAUCAAAGCCAGAGAGCCUGUGAGCUGCAGCACUUGUUAUUCUGACAAUGUCUGCUAGCUUAUCCACUCACGAGCUUUAUUAAAUCACCUUGGAAGAAUUGCUAUGAAGAAUGGAGUCGUCUGAGUGAACGUCUCGGCGUGAGUGGGUGUCUGCCGCCGCGCUUUUAGAGUCUGUGUUUGCUUGAAAGUAACAGGGAAUCGCCUCCUGUUUGCCCUUCAGUCAAAGAACAACAAAUUUCCUCUAAUGUGCACAUUCGUUUUCCUUUUUCUUUAGUGCAGCGGGAUGAGGCGGGAUUUCUGGUCCGGCAGAGUUUGUGAGAGCUGCACAUCGGAAUACCACUAAAGGGAAAAACAUGUCAACUUGGUUCUCCCAUCAAAUGAAGAGCGUGCACAGAUACCACUAACAAACAAAGACUGCAGCAAGGAUGUUUCAUGCUGUGUGUCACCGAGUGUAACGUAAAAAAAAAGUUGACAAAAAAGGGGGUUACUAAAAACCACAUUUGAAUGUGUAAUUGUGUCCUAAAGUGAGGAUGGGUACCGGAUGUGAACCGAGGGUUUUCCAAAUGUGUUGAGGGUGAAAGAAAGUCGGAAUUUGUGAGCAGAAUUUCAAAGAGGUUACGUCUCGGAGGCGGUUAUUUGGAAAGAGUGAGGGAUUAGCAGGUGAAUUCUUGAGGAAUGUUGAUAAGAAAUGUACACAGGAGAAGAGGUUGAGCAGUUUGGAGGCAGCAUGUGGAUAUGAUAAUGAGGGUGAGGCACGGCACACUUUUAUGACAGGGAGAAUAUUUCAGUCCUAAUGGCAAAUUGCAAAAAAAAAAAAAAAAAUCUCCAUUUUCCAUUUUCAUAUUUGAAGAAUCUGAAAAGCAAUUUUUUAUACAUUUAUCUAAAACCUGACAGGAAUUCUAAUUUUUUAAGUGCAAUAACAUGCACAGUUUUCAAAGUAAUCCUGAGUUGCAUGUAACUUAGUUAAGUACAGAAGUGCCAGAUACAGGUUUCUCCACCCCUUGAAAGCUGCCGGGCCUCACUUUGACUGUUUAAAGGAAUGCAACGGCAAGUUGUUUCAUGUGGAUUUUGCAAGUAGAUAAGGCAUGAACAAAGUAUGUUGUGGAGGAAAAAAUGAAUGGCUUCUCAAAAAAGUUCUAGAAUAAAGAAAGUUUAAAAAAUAGCAGAUGGAAAUCGUAGCUGUGCUGUCGUUGGAGUCAAAAAAUCCCAUUUAAAAUUGUUGCUCUGGUCCAAAAAUCUACAAUUUCCUGCAUUACCUUCUACAGUUUGCAUGUGUGUAAACUUGUGUGAAUCAUUGAUAUUUAAAAAAGUAAAAAAAAAAGCAUGUGACUCAAACAAAAAAUGUAUAUUAAUAAUAAAAGUCAAACUGCGAUUGCUGCAAAAACUUUCUGAUACAAAGAAAAAAACAUUAAAACUCCAUUGUAGACUUCAUGAAAAAUAUUUGCAAUAAUAAAUAUAAAAUAAUAAUAAUAAGGUCACACACAUAAUGAAAAAAAAGAAAAAAAGCUUAAAUGGAAAAUUAACAUUUUCAAAAACUGGAAAAAUGUUCCCCCUCCAGGUGUUGUCAGUCACCUCAGAAACUGCAGUUUAGACAAGCUCUGUGAAAAUCUGUGGAAUUUACAGAAUGUUAAACCGUUGAGAUAAAGUGGUUUAAUAAAGCAUCAUUUCAUUACAAAAGUUUGAGAAUCCAAAGAUACAUUGCAUUACCUAAAAUGUCUCAUUGUAACAAACGACUCACUAAGACAUCUUUAAGUAAGUGUUUUUCAGAACCUGCAACGAAAAAAAAUUGAGCUAUGAAUCAUUUAAUUUCAACCUUUUAAUGCAUUUUCCCUUAAAGUUUGAUCUGAGCAUUUUUAGAGAAAAUCUAUAAAUUAAAAAUGAAAAGUUAAACACAUUUGUUUAAUUCUCUUUUCAUUUUUUUUUACUUUGAUUUUGGUGCUUGACUAAACAAACUGUUUAUAAUUGUAAUAUUAAUUUAUGUGGCGCCAAAUUAAGAUGUGUUCAAUGUUUUUAAGUUGUUUAUUUAUUUUUUUUACGUGUUUGAUCUACAGUAAAAAGAGGGUUUUUCUAUGGAGUGCAAAGAGUUUUACUGUUGCAUCCUGGGAACAGUGCUGUGUUUCCAAUCAAUCUGUUCAGGAAUGGUCCAAAUGGGGGGUGGUUUGGAUUUAUAUCAUUCCAGAGAAAACUGCAGUUGGGCUUUCAUUUUUUCAAAUCUGCCUGUUUGUGUUAGUAGUAUAUUUGUACAAGUGUCUGUGUCGGUUUGUCUUUUUGUUUUGGUAAGUUUUGUCUAAUCUUAGGAAGUGGAUAAUGCAUAUUUAUUUUUCUCCUGUCAUUUUGUCUGCAUUGAACGUAUCAGCUCUCAUAAGUGAAAUUCUUCCAGCCAGAAUGCCACUGUGCAGCUCAGCUGUGUUUUAGGUGACAGAUGCAAUGAGUUCCUGUGAAAACAGCAGAAUAACUCCGUCGUGCUCGUGCCUUGGUGGUCAUGUAAGUCUUCCAGGAUUGUUCCACAAAGGCUUUCUCCUGCUCUCUCAGACUGUUGACUUCUCCGUCUCUCUAAUCAAUCCUCUCGUCUUCCAGACAUACAAAUACUUUUCUUUUUGAAGGAAGGAAAAAAAACAGAAGAAGCCAUAAGUCAAAUGAGCCUUGGCACUGGUCAGCCGCUGAGAACAGGCCUGACUCCUCAGGCUCCCUGCCUUCACGAGUGAGGGGAGGGGUUUAAAGAAACGCUGGACUCCUCAAUAUUGAACAGAAGAUCACUUGGUUGCAGCUUUUUCUGAACACUUCCAAAAAAGCAGCACGACAAAAGCCAGCAAUAUGCAACGAGAUCUAGCAGCCCAGACUCAAGGAGGGAAAACAACCCCACAAGGCUCUACAAUCGAAAUCUGCAGGCAACUAUUGCAAUUGUUUGUUUUUUUUGUUUUCUUGAAGCAUGCACUUGUGACUCCUCAAGGUUGACUCUCUCUCAAGAGACAAGCCCUGGAUUCACCCCCUCUCUCCAUGUCUGUCAUUUAACGUGUACAUUUCUACUACAACUCCUAUGAAUUCAAAGGAGGAGUCCUAUUCUGGAAUAUUAUUCAAUAAACAAACAUAUAUUUCUAUGAUUGUAAA